AUGUCUCUCUCCAACGUCUCUUCCGACCUCGUCUGGGAGGUUGUCCGCUCCCAGAACUCCUUCCUGGUCAAGCGCAAGGGCGCCGGCGGUGUCCAGUUCUCCCGCGACCCCUACAACCUGACCAACGUGCACUCCCGCAAGCACGCUGGUUUCGUCAACGACAAGGCCAUCAGCAUCUCCGCCGGUGAGAAGAAUGGCGUCCAGGUCACCACCAAGAAGGCCGGCUCUGCCAACAAGCCCGCCAAGUCCACCCACAACGCCUCCCACAGCGGCGCCAAGAACUCAAGAUCCGUCUACAAGGCCGUUGCCAACCUGUCCGCCAAGAACGGCUACCGCCCCGACCUCCGUGAGGCCGCUGUCCAGCGCGCCUCCGCCGUCCGCCAGUCCCAGCGCCCCGUCAAGCCCGACCAGGAGAAGAAGCCCCGUGGCAACAAGGCCAAGAAGGCUGAGGAGUAA